CUACAUUUCUAAAAUAAAAUUUGAAGUGUACGGAACAAAGCUUUUUGGCGAAUAUUUAGAUUUGUCUAUAAAAUAAUUUUAAUAACCUCUUGUCCUAUGUACCAAUAAUUCGAUUAAAGACACAAGCAAUAAAUUCAGAAAAAAAAAAAAAAAAAUAUAUAUAUAGCGCAGUAAAUAAAUAAAUAUUAACUAUAAUGAAUCGCGUUUUGUUACACAUUCUUAUUUUUACGCUGUUCACCUAUAUCGUUCUCGCGGUUCCUCUCGCACAAACGGAAGUUCCCCAAGACGAUGAAGACGACGAUUGGGAUGAAGAUGAAUCGUCCGAAGCCGACGAUGAUGGAAGAAUAUAUAAAAAUCCACGAAAUUCUCCGUCAUCGGAAUGUCCGCGGGACGAAGAACAGGCCACUAUACUGGGACAAAAGUGUUUAAGAAAGUGUUCCUCAGAUGAAGAUUGUAAAAGUAAGAAAAAGAAGUGCUUAUGCGAUGGAGUUUGCGGAAUGUCCUGCAUAAAACCAGACCGCGAGUGUCCUGAACUUGCGCAGCCUUCAUUGGGCCAAGUCACAUUAACAGGAAGACAUUUUGGACAACGAGCUUCAUAUUCAUGUCCUCAUGGUUACCACGUUGUGGGACUACAAAGUCGUUUAUGUCAAGCCGAUGGAAAUUGGGCUGGAGCUGAACCUGCAUGCAAGCAAAACAUAUAUUGCCUCAAGCCGCCUAAAAUCGAACAUGCCCGUAACUCGGCUCUUCCAGAUCAAGAAACUUUCGAUCUAGACUCCACUGUACAGUAUCACUGCCACAAUGGAUAUGUCACUAAUGGAUUCCCCAGGGCCAAAUGCUUGGCCAUCGAUGGUCAGGCUAGCUGGUAUGGCCCAGACAUUCAGUGUGAACCUCGUUCAUGUGGCCAACCACCGGAUCCAGCAAAUGGAUGGCAUUCAGGAGAAUGUUAUACUUUCGGCUGCAAAAUAACAUACAAUUGCGGCACUGGAUAUGAAUUAGUUGGAAAACAUGAGCGCACUUGUCAAUCAGAUGGCUCAUGGACCCCAAAGGAACUACCAACAUGUGUCUCAAAUAACGAUACAAAUUCUACCGACACAAAACUAUCCUUAUAAAUGAAUCCCACGCUUAGUGGCGAAUGCUUCGAAAGGCGAUCUUCAUUGUGUGUCACUGUUCCUUUCUCUCCUUAAGUUGUUGUAGUUGAAUCAGUUCGUUAAAUUGUUUGGCGAUACUAUAAGGCGAUAUAUAUAAUAUGCAUACCAAAUAUCCGCCGUUAUUAAGAUUUACUGUUAAUAGUUGUUGUUAAACCUGUUGUGUAUAUCAAUAAAUAAAGUUACCGCAAAUUA